CAGAAAUAAUGAAACCACUUUCUUGAAUAAAUUGCUAGCUACUUCACUACUUCAUCAUACAACCAAUGUAGCUGCCGUGAACGCGAAGUAGGAAUAAUGUUUCAGCGAAAUGGAUCUCCAGUUGGGAUAUGUGGUUAUGUCGAUCCCGCUGAGCUUAUGUCGGGCGUCCGUCCUAUCUAUACGAACCCCCCGGAUACUUGGCAAUACUAUAUCGUCACUGAGGUUGAUGGUACACAUCGUCCUCUCGCUGCUGUUACGCAGGAGGUUCAUUCCAGGAAUCCAGGUGGCAGGCAGGCCGUUCUCACAAGCUGGAUGCUAAUGACUAUCCUAUCCGACCCAGCUAACCGUUACAACCUUGAGGCUGAGCGGGCCAUGAGCAUCGAUCUGUACCAAAAUCCCCACAAUGAGCCGAUGCCUACCUUUGAGUCGGACACAUCAAAUGAUGAAAUGCAUGCGUUUCCAUUUACGGUAACAUGUCUUUGGCUGGCAGUUUGCUCAAAUCUCGGCCCCCCUUCUCAUACGGCACGAAUCCUGGAUCACGUAUAUAUCAAAGGUCUCGACCAGGCAAAGGGCAUGAUCAUCUUCGAUAUAUCAGACCUAGAUCAUUUACGGUAUGGUAUUAUGAGCUUCGGGGACAAUGUCAACGACCUAUUGAGUCACCCCGCACAUGUGAUCGAGAUUAACCAGCAAAACCCAUUACUUUCCGGUACGGACUUCUUGACCAAGUAUAGGUUUAACUAUUGUAUUGAAAAUGCCAAGGAACUGGAGAGACUAUCGAUAAUUGACAAAGCCCUCGUAGACCUUACUUGGCCACAGGGUGCCACUAGUACCCGUGGAGUCACUAAGUCACUUCGUGAUCAGGCUAUUGUGACCCUAAUUGAUAGUACCGGAACAAUAGACGAUUUCGAUAUAUCUAUUUUCGAUGGUCCGCGGCGCAUUCCUGACUUCAAGAACCUGUUGCAGCGAUGGCUACAAAAGUGUUCGGCACAGCUUGGCAGUUCGCGCUCGACUGGGCAAUUGAUAAGCCUCGCAUAUGAAAGAGAAACGCAUCUUGACCUAGUACGACUCAGGGGAAUAUCCGCGGAAGCUAUUGGGUUUGCGCUUCAAACAGAGGAGCUUAGUAACGUGAAGUCUAUCAGUCUCUGUACUGACGCGAUUGAAGGCACAACGAUCGACAUCCUAGAUGCACUAUCUCAUUCACCAUCCUUACGAGACCUACAUUUUUUCCAGGGGCCGAGGCGAUCUGUCGAUGAAGAUAGCAUCAACUUCUUCAAGGUACUUUCAAGGAGGCCCCACGUGUUGAAACAUGGUAACGUAACAUUGACUGGCGCAUUCUCCUCGGCUCUAAACCGUGGGUUGUGGCUCAUUCACGAGCUUCCUGCAAUUUGUCAUCCGCCUCCUGAUAUCUUCCCCGUACACUACAUGCUCGUUCGCUCCCCACCCGGUUACGGCCAACGCAAACAUUUUCCAACAUAUUACUAUAUGGGGCACGCGCUACUCAAGCCAGAAGCUUUUGCGGCAGGAUUUCUACGUUGGCUGCGUAAUGAGAAAUAUGCCUUUUCUAUCGGGUCAUCAUCCCUUGGGGUCCCGAACAGUGGUGAGGUGCGCCCGGUUGUGACUUGGGCCAAAUCAGAGGAAUUUGUCCCGGGUAGCUGGGUCGUCCUUGUAUCAAAGGAUAAACAUCCGGGCCAGCCGUGGAGACUGAGAGAAGGGGCGAAGGUAGAAUGCGUGAGAUAUGCAUUUGUUCGCUUACUCGUCGACGUCGAGAAAACACGUCAAAGCCGACAGCGACGAUAUAAAGUGAAGCCUGAGCAUCUUCAGGUUUCAGGACUCAAGGAAUUCUUGAAAACUACAGCUCCAAUGGUAGAUCCGGCCACGGUGGACCGAUCGUUGACCGAGACCGCGGAAUCUAUACAAAAGGGAUUAGUCUGGUUGGACCCAGGCCCUGAGCGGAAACGAUUCAGUACCCUGGAGCAUGACGAAGCUUGUGAGCUUAUGAAUUGGUUUUUAAAUAGCCCCCCGGCAGAAAGACAUCAAGGUUAUAGGUGGGAUUGGGAGGGACCGAGGGCUCUGCCUGGUAUUUACAUGUAGAUUUUAUGGAGGGCAUAUGGCCGUCGAUUACCCAAGGACGAAGUCAAGUCAAUUCCAAUCACUAAUGCGCCCGACGACUAUCAACGAUAUAUAGCCAAUGUCAAAUACGAAGUGGAGGAUCUAGAACAUUGAGUAAACUUGCGAUACGGCGCUGCAAGCACA